AUGCCGAAUGUACGCUUUGCCGUCGGUAUCCAAAGGCUGAUACCCUUUCUCGGAUAUCAUCAUGUUCUCAUGAUAUUGAUUGCUUUGGCAAUUGUAUUACUCUCACUACUCCUCGCAGGAUGUUCGUCGUCUUCACCCACGAUACCGGACAUCUUCCUCAUAUCCUUCUACUACGAACAAUACACACCGACCUACGACCCAACACAAGUCAACCCAGGCGUCGCAGCAGCACUCGGCAACAUCGUCGGGCGAGCAGAUCUUGAGGUCCGAGUAGGAUACUUCGGCCUCUGCGUACAACCCGACGGAGGAAGUUACCUCUGCUCGAACAACGCGACACUUCUCGCCGAACAGAUCAGCAUCGAUCAAGAUCCACUGAACUUGAUCUGGGUCGCCAACACCUUCAAGAACAGUGUGGUGUUCCCAUACCUCAUCAUCGUCGCCAUAGUCCUCGCCUUCGUAACCUUCCUCCUCCUCGCCACCUUCCCCGGCUGGCACGAAGAACACGACGCCCGCACCGGCUCCGACAUCGACAUCAAGCCCUUCCCCUCCCGACCCGUCUCACAAGUCGCCCUCGCCCUGAUCUUCAUCGCCUCCAUCUUCGUCCUCGUCAGCGUGCUAUGGCAACACACCGCCUCCGUCGCAGCAGCGCAAAUAGCGCAAGAUUUCGGAAACGGGAAUGUCAAGAGUGGUGUCGGCACCAGCGCGAUGGUAUUGGGUUGGUUUGGGUUCAGUUUACUCAUCAUUGUGACGGUGGGACUGUUGGUUAUGAUUUUGAGUAUACACCUGUUGGACAAGUUGACGGAUGAGUGA